AUGCUAAAUAUAUUCAGUAUUAAACAAACUCGUUCAGGUGAUGGAGCCUCGAGUGAUGGUGGUACAAAAAAGACAUCAGCAGCUCUUCUUCGUGUUACAAAAGAUCUAAGUGAAUUGGGUACAUUACCACCAACAUGUCAAGUAACAUACCCGAAUAAAGACGAUCUUCUGCAUUUUACACUUACAAUCACACCUGACGAUGGCUUUUAUAAAGGUGGUCGAUUUAUAUUUUCGUUUACAAUCGAAUCUGAAUAUCCUCAUACGCCACCUAAAGUAAAAUGUACACAAAAGAUUUAUCAUCCAAAUAUUGAUCUUGAUGGAAAUGUUUGUUUAAAUAUUCUUCGCGAAGAUUGGAAACCUGUAUUAACAAUUUUAUCCGUUAUUCUCGGCAUGGGUUUUCUUUUUUCUGAGCCCAAUCCUGAUGAUCCAUUAAAUAAAGAAGCAGCAGAAGUGUUAAAAACUAAUGUUAAUACAUUUCGAUCAAAUGUUACUAAAACUAUGGCAGGUGGAACAUUGAGCGGAGUUCAAUUUGAUCGUGUACUCAGUCGAUAA